AUGAUUUGUUUGUAUUUUUACUCGGGUGAUUCCAAACUUUAUAAUCUGACCUACAACAAAAAGAAGAAGAAGAAGAAAGAGAAGAAGGAAUAUAAAGAGAAGAAGCUUCAGGAAGAAUACGAAAAAGAAGAAGACGACGACGAAGAAGAAGGAAUAUAUUACGGUAUUUUCAAGCCACUCCGGCCCAGGAUGGAGAAGGGUCGACUCGUCACGAUAGUCCUCGCAAUCUGGCUGGUAUCCUUCAUCAUUGCCUUACCCACACCAAUCUACUUAACUACCUCACCACCAACCGUCAACUGCCAGGGUAGAACGGUCCGUAUGUGCUUCGAAGGUUGGUCCAACGUCAAUGCUGCUAAAGGGUACGCUAUCUUCAUCACGUUGGCCGAGUUCCUGGUUCCCAUCUACACCAUGGGGUUCAUCUACUUCAGUAUCGCCGUCAAGCUCUGGACGCACCGGACACCACCGGGGCAAGUCACGGCGAGGCACCGGGAGAUCAUGAUGGUCCGGAAGCAGAAGACGAUUCCAAUGCUUAUCACUGUCGUAGUGGCUUUCUUUCUCUGCUACGCUCCGUACCACGGAUACAACCUCGCCAUGAAUUACUAUCAGGAAGAAUGGCACGAGACGGUACCACACUUCUAUUCCCUGUACUACGUCAUCGAAAGCAUCGCCAUGUUGAAUGCAGUCAUUAGUACCAUAAUCUAUUAUCUGAUGAGUCCGACGUUCAGGAAAGAAACCAAGAGCUUUGUCAACGGGAUGCUGUGUCAUUGCCCGCCGGUUUUUUUAGGACUCCGCCGAGUGUCGUUCCAUUCAGGAGCUAGCCACUCCUACAACACACGGAACGGCUCUGCGUUCCGGAAGCCCGUCGGAGGACCGGACACACUCGAAACCAGGAUUUGAAAAACAAAAUCGUUCCACCACGAACAUUCUUUGAAAACCGAGUUAGCUUGAUUUAUGUGAUCAUAAGAAGUAUCAGUCACCGAUGGAAAAUGAGAAGGACGCCCUCAAUCACGUCCAAUCCUGCGACUUUAUUUGAAAAGUUUAAACCAACCGUAGACUGAGCGGAUAAAGACAGGUCCCGCCGGUAGAUCCAGUGAUUCCAUUGGAUACAAUGAUAUCAUUGGAUACAUGCAGUGACCUGAACUUUCCAUGCCCAAACAGUAUCAGUACUGUCGCCUGUCAUCGCGUAUCUCUAUGUGAAAUGAGGGAGGUCAAACUACACGCCGGUUUUGUUGCAUGCAAUUAUGUCCUUAUGCAAUACUAUCCGGAGAACAUAACGGCAUAUGCAAUAAAUGUCCGCCGAUUGGUUUUGCAUAUGCAAUCGUGUCCGGAGCGGGCAGUAUUGCAUGGCGGACACAAUUGCAUCCGACACCGGUCUCUGGCGUUAUUCACGAGCCUCGAAGAAUGACGUCAGACGUUCAGGCUACACCAACCGUCGAUUGCAGGAUCAAAUCAACUUGGCACAAGACCCCAUCAACAGAGGGGGUGAUUUCCACUUUAUUGGAUCAAUAUUCGCAUCUUGGAACUGAGUUGUAUAUUACAGCGAUCAUAUUAUGUAAAUAGCUAUAGCCUAUUUUAAUUGAACCAUAAUCAAGUAUUCUAUUGAAAACACAGCAUUUUGUAAAUCAUAAAUGAACACACAAGCUGAUUAUUUUACUGGUACGCGAGAUUGAACAGAUAACUAUGAUUUGGAUUGUUAAUGGCUAGUGGUCUACUCAUCCUUUUAUGAAUCGUUUGGUAAGUAUUUCAACUCGAUGACAGUCCAGUGUAUAGCCCCCUCUGUGGCUCAGUUUUUAACUGGACGUUUUUUGAGCCAGAUAUUCAGUUCUGCUGGGAUUUGAACACGUUGCACUGUGGAGCAUCACAAAAGGCAGUUUUACCACUGUGCAACAAAUGUCAUAUUUUACUGGACCUUACUUUGCAGGAUGAUCGUCAUGCAUGGUGUUUUUGUUUUGUGGAUUGUUUUGAAGAAAAAGUGAGAUAAGAAAAGGUUUAGAGAGAUUGGAAAUAGGAAGGCGAGUGUGUCACAUUGCCGUAAAAGCUUAGUUAGUUUGAAAAAUUGCAACAUUCCGGAACAAAAUCCAGUAGUAGUACAGGAAUGGUUUUAAAGAAGUUUAAUUAAAGUUAACUGCUGGUACGUAAUACUACGCUAAAAGCCGGCAUCUGGCGUUCAUCACAUGAAGCCUCAAAAUGUGAUGUCAUAAUUCGGGCUACCAUUUUGUUGGCCUUGUCUGAAUCAAUUGACUUUUGCUACGGCUAUGGCUAGAUCUAUUUCUACGGCUAUGGAUAAGGCUUGUGGCUACGGCUAUGGUCGAUAGCUAAAACGGCUACGUUUCAUUAAAGACCUUUUCAUAAUGGCCGACCCCGGUCACGGCCAUAGUACAUGUAAUAGUUUUGAUAGGCGUGUCAUGGCCGAGUCGUUAAGGAGAGCACCGGAUUCAAGCUCUGGGCCCAAUUUCAUAGAGCU